GGUCGCUUUUUUACUCCGCUGCUGCGUCGUCAGACGGUUUUGCUGUAACGACGCGUGAGACGCGCGGGCUCUUGUGUCCGGUGGUGCGCGUGGCACCUGGGCUGUGGCGCAGCGUUGUCACACCGUCGACGCGGCGGGGUACCGGCUGCCGCGCGUGGGCUGAAAACUUAACGUGUGCCGGGAUAAUCCGCUAGCGUCCUGUAAGACACUAGCAAUACAAGCCGUCACUUGUCGCGCCUGGCACGCGCUAUCCGCUGCAUCGGGCAGCCCAAUCCUUCGUCUGCGAUCCAUAUAUCACUCGGCAACUCGAUUGCUAUCGGCGCUAGGCCGAAUGGCAAUGGCUGCGGCAAGAGGAUAGGGUACCUCCUCAUAUCCACGGUCGCCGCGCAGCAUAGACAGCUGCAGCUGAGAGAUGAUCCGGCACCUGCUCUGCACGCUCAUUGCUGCCAGCGCGACCGAGCGGGCCUGCCGCACCUACGACCUCUCGUCGCGGAACGACACGGCGCAGCGCGCCGUCUGGGCGGCCGUGCCGCGCACUGACUGCGAGGCCUGCCUGCUCUUCACGGCGGGCAACUGCACAAAAAAAGCCUGCAAGCCUCAUCGGCAAGACGGCAAGCACCAGACGCGCCACGACUGCCCGAAGUUCGUGAACGCGGUACCGAACCGGCCGCACGAGGGCUGGCCCGCGCUGCGGGCGCGUAAGUCGACCUACGCGUGGCCGAGCUGGCUCCCCGGGCCCAACGCGACCAAUCGUUGCGGAGCGUAUCGUGAGAUGCGGGCGCGCCGCGACAUUACUCUGGUCCGGUGGAUGGGCGACUCCGUGGCGCGGCAGAUCGUCGAGACGAGCCAAGAGUACUGCGGCUUCAGUCCCUUCGAUGAGUUGGGCGUCGCUCGUCGAAGCCUGCUUCCAGCGGGGGCUCCUAUAAUACCGUCCACCGAAAACGAGGCGUGGCAGCGGGGCGUGGUGGGCGCGGCCUCUUCCCAAACUGUCUUCGUGGCGAACAUGGGGCUGCACCACCACGACCACGCGGAGCUGGCGGCGCACCUCAAGGUCAUCUUUUCCGUCCUCAUGGAGGCCGUCGACGCGGGCGCGGUCGCCCUGUACGCGGAAACGACGGCCCAGCACUUCGCGACGAUCUGUGUGGAAAUCAACCAGUGCGUCGGGUGCAUGACGCGGCCGUCGUGGCUCGGUCGAGCGGAACCGGCAUCGCCACGCCAUCGAGCAGGCGUCGCGUCGAUGGCGUGGAGGAACGCGCCGUAAAAUUUUGAUUUCCACACAGGCGACGACGACGGGCGGCUACUUCGCAUCUGGGAUGAAAUCCAGCGCGCGCCCCAUCGCGCACUACAACUGCGUGCCGGCGUCGUUCCACAACGCGUCCUGCCACGGCGCGGGACGGCAGCACCCCGAGGCGGAGCUCGACACGGGCUGGCGCAACGCCGUCGCCUGGGACGCCUUCCGCGCGGCCCAGGGGAACCGCACCGGCGGACCGACGCCGCGGCUGCGCAUGCUCCGGCUCCACGAGCUCACGCAGCCGCUCUGGGACUUGCACCCGGGCGGCCGCGACUGCACGCACUUCUGCUUUUCGCCCGGGCUGGUCGAGGCGAUCCUCGGCGAGCUCGUCGAGGCCGUCGACGCGGCUUUCGCGGGGCGGAGCGUCGACCUUUAUUGAUGUGAUUUGUUAUGUCCGCGCACAAUUUUCUCAUUCGGCUAGGGCCAGUUAAAAUUGCCUGAAGUUUGGCGCGAAUAUA